AUGCCGCCGCACCGCAGCGGCUCCGACGCGCCGCCGCAGAUGCAGAUGCACGGCUACACGUCCGUCGCGGCGCCUGGCUCUUCACGGCCACACCCGCAGCAGCAGCAGCAGCAGCAGUUUGGCUCGGAGUCGCCUGGCGGCGGCCGCGGCGGCGGCGGCGGAGGAGGCGAUGACGAUAGCAUGGAGAUGCACACCGGCGAAAUCAAGAGCCAGCGCGCCUGUGUCAGCUGUAGGAGAAGCAAGGUCAAGUGCAUCCACACCGGCUCGCCGCCGUGUCGCCGGUGUGCCGACACGCGGCAAGAGUGCAAGUUCCGCCUGCGCGCCGACGACGAGACGUGGCGCGAAAAGACGGACGACACGCUGUCGCGCCUGGCGUCUGCCGUGGAGAGUCUGCUGCAUCGCCCCGCCGCUGGCCCGUCGAGUGGAGGCGGCAUGAUGAAUGGCGCGCCGCCUGCGCAUGCGAUUCCCAUGCCGCCCAACGGCGCGCCGCAUCAUCGCGCUCGACCGCCAGCGUCCUUUCCCAACUCCUCGCCCUCCUACUCCGACGCGCCGCCAAUGGGCAUGGCCGGUCCGGGCUCUCUGCAUUCGAGCGGCGGCGGCGACCCCUCCUCCAUGCCGACGCCUGAUCAUGAGCGUCCUUCUGGCGUCAAUGCGCGAUGGGAACGACCACACCCCUAUCGUCGACCUACGCAGGCCGACGACGACGCGCGUGGGCCACCAGCAACGACGCCGGGCGGCUCCAUACGUUCGCCGAUCGCGCAGGCGCAGCCUACCUUUCGCCGGCUGGCGGCGCCGCCCAUCGGGCAAGAUCAGGCCUAUCCCAGUCCGGCACUGCUGCACGUAGGCGCCACGUCUGCGCCCUUCUUCCUGCCGCAGAGCGGCGCCGUGGUGCGCUGGACGUGGGGCAGCAGCAGCGACUAUGCCAAGGCGAACAACGCCAUCGGGCGAGACGAUCCGCGCCUCAAUGCGAUCAGCAUGGGCGUGGUGCCGAUGGAGCGAGCACGCGCACUCUACCAACUCUUUGCCGAGAAGCUGCAGCCGCAUUGCUUUGGCUUUCCGACGUAUCCGGCGAACGCGGACAUGACGCCAUUGAUCAUCAGCGUGAUCUUGAUGUGUGCUAGCAUGCACGACCCAGCUUCGCGCGAGGAGUACUACGCCAAGCUGAAGAACGACUGUCUGGAGACGAUCAAGCCGGAGCAGACGGUCUCUGCCGACCUGCCGCUCGACCCCGAGUUUGGCAUUGGCGUCGAGGAGAUCACUGGCGCGUGCAUUGCGGCGGCGUAUCUGCCGUCGGCCGUGGCGCUGCGCAUCGGCCACAUCUGUCGCUGGUGGGCGCUGGGCUACUUCAAGCUCUUUGAGAUCGAGCGCAACGUCACCCUCGGCGAAUGCCUGACGAUUCUGCCGCCGUUUCGACAGAUCGACUUGGUCGACAAGCUUCGCGUCUGGCUGGCGGCCUAUGUGGCCGAGGCACAGCAGUGCUUCAUCGCCGACGUGCCCAGCAUUGCUCCCGCGCAGAGUCCAGCUCCCUACAUCGAAGCGCUGCGCUCUGCGUUUGCCGAGCAGCCGCAGAAUGGCGACAAGGCGGCGAAUGCAGCUAGCCGAGUGCCCCCUAUGCCCGAUCGACAGCUGGGAGCACACGCAGGGGUGCUGGCCGUCUUGUUGGCGGCGCAACAGACUCAGCGAGAAAGCAGAAACGCCUCGGGCACGCCGGCGCAGGCUGCCCGGCGAGUGUCGAAUGCGUGGGGCGCGUAUUUGGAGGAGAUGGACCGCUGGCGCAUGGAGGCUGCUGCUCUCGAAGAUCUUUCGAGCUCGACGGCCUCGGCCAUGGAUCUCACUCUGACGUACCACCUGGCGCGCGCCCACAUUGGCUCGCUGGCGCUGGAGCCCGAGGCGGGCAUGCAUCCGGCCGCCGCCGCCGCCGCCGCGUCGGACGGGCACUUUGCGCUGAGCCAGAUCGCCGCCGUCGGCGCCGCAAAGGCCAGUGCGCUCUGGGCCCUCGAACUCGCAAGCAGCCGUGCGGCGUUCGGUGAUCGAUUGGCCUACCUGCCGACGUUCUAUCACUUUCUUCUGUCGCACUGCGCUGGCUUCCUGCUGUUGCUCGUGCAGCGCAAGGGCCGCUUCAUGCUCGCCAACGAGGGUCGCUAUCUCCUCGAGAAAGUCGAGGCCUUCGUGCGCGUCUACGUCUUUGAGAUCGCCGCGUACGCCGGGCCGCGUGGCGAGGCCGUCCUGCAUCCGAGCUUCGCCACGUCCGAGGCCCUCUCGGCCGCGCUGCGCCACGUGCAGGCACAGAGCCGCAUCUCUUCCUGA